AUGCAGCCAAUUUUUCAUGGGGUAGAGACAACAGAGGACAUGAUAUUUUGGAAACAUUAUAUCAACCAUCUCAGCAACGUACUGACAGUUGAAGGCGAGGCCAAAAACGCCUUCAAAGAUAUUAUCCUGCCACUUGCAAAUCAGCAUCAGGGGUUGAUGCACUCCAUUCUUGCUGUAAGCAGCAAACACGUCGACCUAGACUCGCCAUACGGAGCAAAAAUACUGCAAGAUAAUCCUGCCGUAACCCCAGAGUCUUUACAGCAAAGAGGCGACUAUCACCACGAUGAGGCAUUGAGGAGACUUUACAAAGACAUGGAGAACCCUGUACCCAAGGAGGACCCAGCACAUGACACCGUGCUUGCCGCCCGAUACGGACAAAUACUCUGUCUGCUCCUUCAGACGAGAGCUGAAGGAAAUCCUAGAGGCGAGCAUCGGGUCCAUCUGCAAGCAUAUCAGACCCUCAUCCAACACUCACCGCCAGAAAACAACACAUUUCAUACGUUUAUAACCGAGUUCUUCCAGUAUCACAUAUAUGCUGACGACCUUUUAUGGCAUUCCGGAGCCAACUCAAGUCGCCUGUCUACAGACUCCUUAGGGCCUCCAUCCCAGAUUCAUCCACCUCGACUGAUUGGGGUUGGGGACGGGCUAUUCCGAUAUCUUUCACAAAUCACUACGCUGCGGAAUGUGAUCCGAGCAAACGUAGCCGCGUCAGUAGACCCUGUUGUCGACUACACUAGCUUGUAUCGUGCGGCCGAGAUUGACGCGGCCAUCAGAGAGUGGGUUCCUCGAUGGCCACUUGGAGACAGUCGCCAUAGAGUUGGACCGCUGUACAAGCAAAUGAUGUGGGUGUAUCUCUUCCGGACAAUAUAUCCGCCAUCAACAACACCAUCAAGACGUUCUACGUUUAUGACAUUGCCUGUCACUCCACCGCAGCACAACACGGGCCACUUGCAACGACGAGCCUCAAUGGUGGCCAGCGUUGGCUCUUCGAUAUCUUCGUCAGCGAUAUUGUCUAACCUGACAUCACCGACAGGAUCCCAUACAGCACAAAGUUGCCCAUCCUCACGGAACCCCUCACGUACCAGCUCAAUGCAUGAGCAGGAUACAAUUCCACUCAUCGGUGAAGAGUGCCAAGAGGGUCACAAACAAUCGUCCCCUCCACCAGCAAGAAGACCAGCGCAGGAUGAUCGCCGGAUUACUUUAGCCGUGGAAGAAUCCCUAGCCAUCCUCGAGUCCUUCAAGCCGUGUGAUCCAGCUCAGACACUUCUAUUAAUACCUUGCACUGUGAUUGGCACUGCUUGCUUCGACACCACCCAACGCAGCCGAAUUCGAACGGCCAUCAGAGUUAUUCGUGGAUACACAGGAUUACGAAGCUCUGAUCGCGUGAUAGAGCUGCUAGAAGAAGUCUGGUCUCUGAUGGAUCAAGGUGACUGGAUGUCCGUGUGGGAUUGGCAAUUCGUUGCAAAGCGACUUGGGCUAGAUUUCCCCUGUGCCUGA